UGAGGGGAGGACGCGUCGCUCCGGUCUAUUUACGCGUAAAUGCAUACAUGUAUAAGUUUCGAAGUUUGCUGAAUUGCUUGCAUUGCGUCUUUUGUUGGAUUGGGCAAGUACGCACGUAAGUUGGUGAAAUAGUGAACAGUUGGUUUGAAUUUGUGGUUCAUUUGUGAUUUUGUGAAGUGUCUGGACUUGUACCUGUAGACUUUUGAUGUCGCACUCAACACCAGCACGCAGCAGCGUGUCCAUCUGAUGCGACAAUGGAGAGGAGAGAAGAGCAUCGCCACUGCAGCAUAGCAAAGCAGACCAUACUAACCACCCACCCCAGCGGUCUGCAGACCAGAGUGUCAGUAGAACUAGCCAACUUCGACGCACUUUGCCUACAUUCAGAAUGCAAGAAGAAACAGUGGGACAGUCCUUUUCUGCACAGACGAGGUAUUUUAGGUGGCGUUUCAGGCCAUAAUACCCCAAUUUUGGGGAGACGGAGCGACGCUGUGAAUGAAGGGAGACUGUCCCAGCAAUGUACGCCAGUUAUGAAAAGGAGGGAGAUGGACAGCCCCGGGGGUUCCCCUCUUCCAAUGAGGCGGGAAAUGGACGAAGAUUUGUGCGAGGUGGACAACAGUGUCAUCAGUGGGUGGCUGAAAUUCCGGGAUAAUAAGCGGUGGAAAUCGCGAUGGGGUGUGGUAACGAAACUGUCUCCAGCUGCAGACUGCCUUCACCUGCAGCUAUACCGAGACCCGAAAGACAGAUACAAGAAGGGACAAACAAAAGCGUCCCUCUCGCUCCAACAGUACCUCGGUUUCGAAUCCGGCUUCACGUUAGACAAAGAAUCCAACACGAUCGCGAUUAUUUGUCAAGACGUGAUCGUGGUCCUCGCGUUUGAGACGAGAGAGCGGCUGAUAGCUUGGCAAGUGAAGGUUGGGAGUCUACUUGGUUCCUCGAAGCAGUUCCUCGUUAUGGUCGGUAACGCGGGGUCGAGGAAGUUACCUGCGGGCCCAGCGCGACUACACCUUCAAGGGAAGCGAUUCACACUGACUAGCGGGGUGCCUCCAAGGGUACUGGGCUUGUGGGAGCUAGCACAUCUAAGGCGUUAUGGAGUUGUAGAGGGUCGGUUUUGUUUCGAAGGCGGCUCGCAUUGUGGCAAAGGCGAAGGGUUACACGUGCUAAUAACAGACCAGGCGCAAGACAUUUCGGAUGCCUUCGAUCAGGCAGCGCAUGGUAGCUUACUCACGGCUAGGUCGACACGUGGUAAUACAGGUAAUGAGAGAAUCAAAUCGCGGCCUAAUACACGCAUGUCAGAUCUAAACACUCAAACGUUCGACCAAUCGAUGCCUGAUUCAGCGAGUGCGCUAUACGAAGAGAACUACUUCGGCGAAGAUUGCGGUGAAAGUUCCUCCUUUUGGCCCUCUGAUGAACCGAGAGGGUUCGAACAAGAAUACAGACCUGAUCUGGAUCUCCCCAAAGCCCCCUGGGAAGGAGCCGAUCACGUUACUUUAGAGCGUUGUAGUAAUUGUCAAUCGAAACUCGGUGCAAUGUCACGUUCAUCUACAGUGGCUUUGACUCCCGGAACUAGCUUCAAUCCUGAGUGGACUAUGGAAGCUGUACCUGAAAGUCAUUCCGAUAAUUCUUCGAAUAGCGCUGAAUAUUUGACCCCGAGAGCUAUUAAGAAAAACCUUAACACGUGCAAUUGUCAAGAUCGGCCUCCAGAGAGGCCUCCCAAACCUUCUCAAUACGACCAGAAGAGACCUCCGGCCCCUCUUCCCCAGCAAUCGUGUAACUGUGCAAAAAACGAUGAAGUUCCUGUUCCAGUACAUAAUCCUAAGGUUGGGCCUUAUGAAAAUUAUGAUGUUCCUAAAACAUUGCAUGCAGAGAUCGAUAAUGCAGAGCACUACGAUACGCCAAAGAAAAUAAAACAAGCUAUAGCUGAUGAUCUAUUUCAAGUAACUAACACAUCCAUACCUGGUUCGUUAGUACUGAAGAAACAAUGCGGUUGUAUUCUCAAAUUCGGAUCAAGGAAGAAACCAGUUGUAGUUGAAUGCGACGACAGCCUACGACCUGUCGAAUGCCCUUGCCAAAAAGUAACUAAUUGGGCGAACAAUUUGAUUGGUCUUCCGUAUUGCAAACGUAGCUCGAGUGGUGAUAAAGUAAAUGCUGAUGUAUCAAUCCUGAAUUCUGAAGAUGAAAAUGCUUUAUACGCCACCGUAGAUGUUUCUAGGAAAACUAAUCGCCAAAGCACAUCAACGGAUAAGGACUCUAGUCAAGGGUCAUACGAAGCCGGUUUUACUAACUAUCAAAAUAUGGAAGUAUCAGAUGAUAAGGAAUAUGAGGGACCUUAUGCAAAUUACGAAAAUUUGGAAUUUGCAUUAUCAUUGGAAUAUUACGAAAAUGCAAAAGAUUUGUUGAAAAAAGCUGGUGUAACUCAAAACGAACUAGAUGCGCUUAGUGCAAAUAUAAAUUUGGCAUCUCAAACUCUGCCCAAGAAACAAAAGCUAUGCACUAAAUGUCACCAUUGUCAAUCUUCAAAAGAUCGGCCACAUAAUUCAAAAGGGAAAUGUGAUGAAUACCUUCUAAUGGAACCCCCGAAAGAUGCCAAGAUUGAGCAUGUAAAUCGUACAAUAGGAGCAAACCUUGGAUAUACUCCUAUGUUACCGAAUCCAAAUUGGUCACAAAGCCUCAAACAACCUUUACAAAAACUUUAUCAUAUAGAUAUAGAAAAAUCUCAGAGUAUACCGACACUAAAUGGUAAUGCAUCGAUACAACGUGAUCUUGACGUCUCGAGCAAUAUUAAUAGAGAAUCUUUGCAAAAACGAUCCAGUUCUGUAGAUUCAGCUCCACUUCUCGAAGAUUUGAAAGAGUUCGAUAGUAGUAUUGGUAGCCACUUGACAUCAUCUUCACUAGAAACUUUGAGAAACUUAGCAGAAGAAAACAGAUUAAAAUCUCCUUGCGACAAUGACGGUGAGUGCUAUGAGUGUUGUAAGUCAUCUGGAUCUGAAAAUAAAACGUCUGAUGAUAGUUAUACAAAGGAUAUACCUCAUUUACGAAACAAGCACAUGGAUAAUGCGCAAAUCAAACGAUCUUCAAGCGUUCCCUGCAAAGGCGGUAACCGAGAUUCGUCUAGUUCUAACGAUUCUGGUGUAUCAAGCUGUUCUAUGAAACAUGCUGGUGAUUUCCAAGAGUUUGAGAUGCCGCUCACGUCGGGGCAAUCAAGGUAUCAUUACGUGAUGCAAAAAAGAUUACGGGGGAGUCUUUCCGGCUGCGUACACUCUUCAUUACCAAGAAAGUCAAAGUCAUCGGAUCCUCUGCGAGACAUGUCUAUGCAAAUUCACAAAGCCAACAUUCGAGCUAAGUCAUCGUCAGCGGAAGCAGAAGUACCAGUGCUUCCUCCCAAGCAGAUAAAAGGUGUAAUGGACACACAUAGCACGUCCAGUGGCACUUCAGACAUGUCUGACUACAUAGAAACUCUAUCGCUUACCUCAUCUCAAUCAUCAUCUGACACACAAUCGGGAGUAAGGAUAAAUCGACAACCUACUAGCACGUUGCGUCCGCGCUCAGGCAAAGAAUAUCAUAACCUAGAUCCCAUCAUAACCUCUAUGUACAAGAACGGCAAAGACCUUGCCAACUAUACUAACCUGUCCUAAAUAUAUAACUCAAGAAUAAAUAUUUUAUUUAUAAUAUUGUAGGAUACCAAUGAGAGACUGUAUAUAACCAAGGGUUCUUUUUAGAUACCUUAUUCAUUUUACCGUUAUAUUUUGUAUUUUUAUAAACUGGGGCAAUUUGUUGUUUUACA